UCAGUUGAUCGAAAAACACCGAGCGGUGCAGUUCAGUGAAGCGAGCCACAAAUUAAAAACCAGUAGUACUAUGGACAGCAAGCAGCCUCCGCCGUACAGUGCAAUGCCAGCAGCACCACAUGGUGGCUAUACGCCGGCACAGACUUAUCAGGCUUAUCCGGGUGGACCCACACAGCCACCGCUAUAUCCACCGAUGCCACAGCCACAGGCACAGGCACAAACCUAUGCACCGCCACCACCACAGCAAACAGUGAUUAUACAGACAGCAACCCACAAUUUGGCACUUGGAAGUGAACCGUCUCGUAUCCGAUGUCCCUCGUGUCACGCCGAUGUGGUGACCACUGUGAACAGUAGUCCAUCUGGACGCACACAUUGCUGGGCUCUAAUCAUAUGCCUGUUGUUCUGGCCCUGCGUUUGUCUGCCCUAUUGCAUGGACUCCUGUCAGAAUUCCGAUCAUUAUUGUCCCCGUUGUAACUCCUACAUCGGCACCUUUCAGAACUAAUACUCACAUAUAUAUUCUAUAUAUAUGUACUUACCACUAGUUAUUAAUUCUGCUUUGUAAAAUUGUAUUUAGCCCGGCGAUUGUUAAUUAAUCGCUCUGAAAACGAACUGUAAAUAUAUGCAACAAUAAAUUAUUACGUAUACGUA